CUCAAAGUUACCACAGGGUGGUGCUAAGGGGUCACCUGUCAAAGGGGAGAGAUUAUUACCCAGCAGCCACUUCGCCCUGUAUUGAAGCAAGAUGGCAGCUGUUGUCGAGAAUGUUGUCAAACUGUUGGGAGAGCAAUACUACAGAGAUGCAAUGGAGCAAUGUCAUAACUACAAUGCUCGUCUCUGCGCCGAGAGGAGUGUGCGCAUGCCCUUCCUCGAUUCUCAGACCGGCGUGGCUCAGAGCAACUGCUACAUUUGGAUGGAGAAGAGGCACAGAGGGCCUGGCAUGGCUCCAGGCCAGCUCUACACAUAUCCUUCCAGGAGGUGGAGGAAGAAGCGGAGAUCUCAUCCUCCAGAGGACCCCAGACUCGUCUUCCCCCCCAUGAAGUCAGAGCUUGAUUUUGGACUCAAAAAGGAUACGCUCUUGUCAUCGGAUGGCAGCAGCCUGGAGGCCCUCCUGAAGGGCGAGUCCCUGGAGAAACGGGCACCUGCAGAUCCCAGAGCUUCUGAGGAAGACUCCAACCCCAGCGAUUACACCCCUGGCCUGAACCCCGCCACACGUAUCAGAAAGAGAAUCCUUGAGCCUGACGACUACCUGGAUGACCUGGAUGAUGAAGACUACGAGGAAGACACACCCAAGAGAAGAGGCAAAGGCAAAGGGAAGGGUCGAGGAGUGGGCAGCAACAGGAAGAAGCUGGACACCGCAGCCAUGGAGGACAGAGACAAGCCGUAUGCUUGUGACAACACUAUCAAACAAAAGCAUAUUUCAAAACCUUCUGAAAAAGUCUGUGGAAAGCGCUACAAGAACCGUCCAGGUCUGAGCUACCACUACACCCACUCGCACCUGGCGGACGAAGAGGGCGAAGAUACAGAGGAGAUGGAGGUCAGCGAGCCUCCACCCCCGCUGCCUGAGCAGCCCAAAACUACUAAGAAAGGCCCCGAUGGCAUUGCCCUGCCUAAUAACUACUGUGACUUCUGCCUGGGGGACUCCAAAACCAACCACAAGACGGGCCAGUCUGAAGAGCUGGUGUCCUGCUCCGACUGCGGACGCUCAGGCCACCCCUCCUGCCUGCAAUUCACGCCGGUCAUGAUGGCAGCCGUCAAGACGUAUCGCUGGCAGUGCAUCGAGUGCAAGUGCUGCAACAAGUGUGGCACCUCUGAGAACGACGAUCAGCUGCUCUUCUGUGACGACUGUGAUCGAGGUUACCACAUGUACUGUCUCACCCCACCCAUGUCUGAACCUCCAGAAGGGAGCUGGAGCUGUCACCUGUGUCUGGAUCUCCUCAAAGACAAAGCAUCCAUUUAUCAGAGCCAGAACGCCCCGCCCUUGUGAUUGCCACUCCUUCUGCACACACUCGCCCCUCGCCCGUUGUGCAACAUCAACACAGGUGUGACGUGAGGAGAACUUGGGUGUGUCCAGAGGGAGGGUGAGAUUUGUCCAAAGGGAAGUACACUUUACCACACUGGCCUCAGCUCAUGUCUUCAAAUAUGACUGUUACACAUUGCAGACUAUGACAUUACCUAAUCACACACUUUUCUACAAUUUAUAUAUUUCUAAAAUACAAAGUACAAUUUUCCAUGCCCGUAGCCACAUACGCUCAUAAUAGAUUUUAAGAAAAUCCAAACGCUAAUCUUAAAAGAAACAUGGCUCAAGAGCUUCAAAGGGACUCUAAGCAUGGCACCAUAAGUACUAUUGUGUAAAACCCUAACAGCGAUGGCAACAUGACUAUUCAAUUUAGCAAUAUGUUUAUUGUGUUUGCAGUGGUGUACCGCAUCACACUUAAACGUCUACUAAACAUGACACUGAAACACACACAAAUACAGUGCCCUCCAAUGCACACUCCUGACAUGUUCCAUGCUGAUUCUUCCUGCUAGUAAACCCAACCUGCUUGUCCACGUUCUGUAUGUAUAAGCCGUAUGCAUAAGGGCAUCGAGCUCUUCAUUGCCGUGUCCUAGCAGUUUGCUGACAGUGCUCCCUUCUUUCUUUCCCAGCAAUCUUCUAAAAGAUGCAUUUGAACAAGGCUUGUUGUAUUUGGACACGCUCACAAAUGCUUCUGGGUUAUCUGGAGCCGCUUUGCCCAGAAUGUGAUUAAUGAAGAGGCAGCAUGACAGUUAUGAGUGGUACUGAGAGAGCAGAUAACCUUCUCGCAAAAUUGGCUUGUGUGGCGGGGAAUUUUUUUUUUCUCCUCGCCUCCAGCUUUGGGAGAGAACGUUGCUGCCGACAAAGUAUAAUGAGUGUUUUUCAAUUUUUAAAAAAAUCACUGUAGGUGACUGAUGGAAUGUUUCAAUUGUAGGAAAAUACAAAUAAAAUACUAAGCACUACAUUAUGUUAUGGUUUGUUACAGAAUUAGCACAUCUUUCAGGAAGGUUUGUAGUUGUUCAUCUACCAAUGUGUAGUAGUUAGUAAAAUGAAACAAAUCCUACUAAAAAAGGCAACAUACUGUCAAUAGCUGCUACUUCUAGGUAUCCAUACGACCUUGUUUAAGUUUCGUUGUAAUGUAGAGAUGUGUCUCAUAUAUUGCUGACCUGGUUUACGUUCAUUCAACAAUAGAACUUGAAUCCUUUGUACCAAGUGGUGAGUGUUCAGGAGAAGCGCCCGGUAUGGUUGCAGGUGUUUUGCUGGUUUUCUCCGCUAGAUGGCAGCAGUGACAUAAUUGGAUGUUUCCCCAUAGAAAAAAGGUAAAAUCAGAAGCAUUCCUCAACAAAUUUAUUGCACUCAAGAUAUAACAGUCUAUAAUUUGAUGCCUAAGGUGAAUUCUAUAUUGUAUCCAAGCGUCACAUUUUAAUAUUAAACAUGUUUACCACAGGACAUAGAA